AUGCCUGAUCUCGAUUUCUUGCUCAGUAAACUUCGCAACGCUACACCAAUUUAUGUCAGCAUACCGAAUCCUCGUUGUCUUGCACUUGACAAUCAUGGCUAUGUAGUCGCAAUCGAAAGAUCACCAGCAUAUAUCGAUCGUUUUAAUGCGACAAAUCUCACACUAAUCAAUCGAACUUCAAUCCCAAUUUCAGCACAAAUUUGGAGCUUAGCAUUUAAUAACAAUGCUUAUUACAUCGGAACGGAUUCAAAUACUAUCGUAGUGGUAGACAGUAACAAUCUCACGAUGAUUAACACAAUCACUUCAACCUAUAUUAAUAAUCCGCGCGAUAUUAUGUUUCUUGACAAUGGACAAACAAUGGUAAUUGCUUCUUUCGGCAACAAUGCUCUUCUUUUUUUUAAACAAUUAGAUAGUACACCAGGGAAUUAUUCAUAUGCUUAUCAGAAAGCAGUUACUCAUUAUCCAAAUCCACAUGGCUUAUGGUAUGUGAAUGACACUUUCUUCUAUGCAACAGUAUGGUAUAACAAUGCAGUUUUAUCUUAUACUGCGAAUAGUAGUGAUAGCACAUCAUGGACGGAAAUAGUCACAAUCAAUGCUGAAUCCAUAGGAUCAACGGCCGGUGGUAGUCAUGUUAUAAUUGAUGAAUGUGGUCGAAGUUGGUUUGUAUUAGAACAAUAUGGUAUUGAAAUCUAUGAUACUGUUGGAAAUUUAAUUGGAAAUUUCAGUCUAAAAACUUCAUACUUUUUUCAUCUGUUAAUCACAGAUAAUUAUGUGCUAUAUCUAACAGAUACUCUUACGGGUCAUGCUAUGAAGAUCGAUCCAAAUAUUAAAUGCUGA